AUUUGGAUUGAUUAUCGGCUUGCAUGGAACGCAUCGCUUUACGGCGGCGUUACAAGUAUUCGUUUUGCCGGAGGAGAAAAUCAGAUUUGGCGUCCAGAUGUGCUAUUGUACAACAGUUCAGUGCCAACGAAGAUUUUGACUCUACCUACAAAUCGAAAUGAAGUUGUCUACAAUACUGGCGAAGUGAAUUGGGUACCACCUGGAAUAUUUCGAGCAAGCUGCAAAAUGGACAUAACUUAUUUCCCAUUUGAUGACCAACUAUGUCAUUUGAAGUUUGGUUCUUGGACAUACAACGGCAACGCUCUGGAUCUGCAAAUCAUCACGGAACCCGGUGAAGAGCCAGCCAUGGAUUUAUCCACAUAUACGCCAAGCGGGGAAUGGAACCUGAUUAAGGUGCCAGCAAUACGGGAAGUUUUCUACUCACAAUGUUGUCCAGAACCUUAUUCAACCGUGACAUUUUAUAUGCUACUGAGACGACGAUCGAUUUUUUAUCUAUUCAACAUUGUGUUCCCAUCGCUACUAAUAUCUCUAAUGACACUGGUCGGAUUUUGUCUUCCUGCUCAUGAUAUGAGCGAAAAAAUUGGAUAU